UUUGGAAUACAACAGAUUAGUAUUCGUUGGUACGCCCCUUUUUACCGCAUAGGAAAAGGGCACAUCGUGUGGGUCACGUGAUCGCUGUUUGGCGGGUAAACUGUGUUGUUAAUGAAGUUGUCAAAUUUUCUGUUUGUGUUGCGAGUUUUUGGAUAUAAUCUUUGCUUUUAGAUGAAAGUAUGGUACGCACAAAAGCGACAGUGAACUCUGCAGCUUUUCGAGCAUCAGCGGCAAAGGCGCCAAGAAAAAAUGUUGCAGCACCAAGCAGAUCAUCAGCUUUUGAAAUUGGUUCACCAGCUGGUAAAAAGAACCAGUCUGUUGGAGGCAACCCUGUGUGUCAACGUCCAACCCCAGACUGGCAGAAACCAAUCGCAAGUUUCUUCACAACAAAGCUUCCUUCUGCAAAGUCAAAUGGAGAUACGGACUUAGUGGAAAAACUUUUCGAACCAGUGGAUAAAGAGACCCCUGACGAACCAGAAAAGAUGGAAACAUCAGAUGACAAAGAAAACCAAAACCCUGAAGUUUCAGAUGAAGCUGGACCUUCUACUAGCAGGCCGACUAAAACUAAAAGAAGACGCAUACUCACCAUACAGGAAUCCGAUUCGGAGACAGAAGAAGUGCUUUCCGGUGAAAAACCAUCCACUUCUGGUGAAAAACCAUCCACUUCUGGUGAAAAACCAUCUACUUCUGGUGAAAAACCAUCCACUUCUGGUGAAAAACCAUCUACUUCUGGUGAAAAACCAUCCACUUCUGGUGAACAACCAUCUACUUCUGGUGAACAACCAUCUACUUCUGGUGAGACAACCAUCUACUUCUGGUGAAAAACCAUCCACUUCUGGUGAAAAACCAUCUACUUCUGGAGAACAACCAUCUACUUCCAAAGCAAACACAGAUAUAUAGUCAGACAAUAAAAAAAUGAGCUUUUCUUAGUUUAAGAGAGCUUUAAAACUAAAUGUGCUUUUGUGCUUGACGAACCUUAGUUACCAAAGAAUUUAUGAAAGUUGCAUCAUCGUGCCUUUAUCCAUCUGCUGCUACUUGCAACUAUACCCCUUGUCGUACAACGAGAUCAUAUUUUGUACACUGCCUUUUAUAUGCCUUCUUACAAUACAAUAUAACACGUUGCGAAAGGGUCAUUUACUCGACUCCAAAAUUAACUCCCACCACGAAAUUUCAUUCAGUUCGAUUUUGUAAUCAAACAACGUCACACCCCCUAAGAGCAAUUCCCUCUCUCUUAACUUGUCUUUCCAAAAAAUCCUUAGCACCCCGUCUCUCCACAACGGACCAGGCAAAUAAAUAUCCCGAGACCUUGUCGCGUUAUCUAAAAUCGGAGCCACCAAGUACUUAUCCCCGACCAUAAACUCGUCGUCGUAUUUAAACGCCUUACGGUCGUUAGAAGUCGCCCACCAAAUGGGGCGAAUCGGACCUAAGUCUUCAUCUCCAUUCACAUAUUUCUGCGACGAAGAGACAAUUUCAUCAAAAACAACAUUCUCAUGCAACUGUACAUAAUACUGCGCUAGCUUCACGGUCUCAUCGUCGUACUGCCACGGACAAAUGGAAAAUUGCAUGGAAGGCAGGAAUGCAGUUACUUCAAGCCAUCGUAUGUAAAGUUCCUUUUCAGGCAACGGAGAACUAUGGAACCCAUCCGAACCUUCUCCGUAUGCGUUACCUAUCAAAUAUAUGGGACC